UGCACGGAAUAGAUGCCGAUUCUCCGUAGCGCGCUGUUGGGUGCACCAGCACCAGCCAAACGACAGUGUUUUGUUUAUAACCACGUGCGAAAUGGAAUUUGAACAGUUUUGUAACUUUUUACCAAAAAUAGAAUUGCACGCACACCUCAAUGGUUCUUUGAGUGCCACUAGUUUACAAAAACUGGGUUGUUCCAAUGAAGAAAUAUCUGAAUACCAAAAAUUAGCAGAGUUGCAAGCAACCGAAAAAACCCUAAAUGAAUGUUUCAAGUUGUUUAAAGUUGCCCACAAUGCCACGAAAAAUCCGCAAGCGGUUUACUUGGCCACAAAAUAUGUAAUUGAGGAUUUUUACAACGAUAAUGUGGCGUAUUUAGAAUUGCGAACAACACCGAGAGAAGAAGAAAACAUGUCAAGAGUGGAGUAUAUUGAAUCGGUGGUUAAAGCAAUCGAAGAUUGUGAUAAAAAAAUCAUCGUGAAGUUGCUUUUGUCAAUUGAUAGAAGCAACAAUUUGAAAGUUGAAGAAAACAUGGAAGUGAUUAUAAAAAUGAAAGAAAAGUAUCCGCAUGUAAUAAAAGGCGUUGACUUUAGUGGCAACCCUUACGUCGGCGGUUUCAACCCGAAAUUAUUCCAAAAAGCACGAGAUUCUGGCUUAUUUGUCACUCUACACUGUGCUGAAAUAAAAAAUGAUAAGGAAGUUGAAGAAAUUCUUAAAUUUAGACCCGACAGGAUUGGGCACGGAACAUUUUUGCUUUCAAACGACCACAUUUGGAAAUUAUAUCUCGACACGAACAUACCAUUGGAGUGUUGUUUGACAUCAAACGUGGCGUGUGGAACCACAAAAAGUUACAAAGAGCAUCAUUUGCAAGAGUGGAUUAAGAAUUCGUUGCCGUUCACUUUAUGUACCGAUGAUAAGGGAGUAUUUGGCACCACUUUAUCCAAAGAGUUGGUGUUAGCCUGCCAGUAUUUUUCUCUAAAACCAACUGAUCUCUGGGACAUGACUCUGAAAACGAUCAGUUACACAUUUGCCUCAGACGAGGAAAAGACAUUUCUCACCACAACUUUACAAGACUGGAAAAUGAAAAAUCACUUCUAACAAAACAGUUUUAUAUUUCAGAUUAUAAAAAAUACAAUAAAUAACUUAUAUUAA